UAUGGUUUGUUACCGCCGUUUUUCACCAUUGCUACCACCCAUCUCGUCCCUGUGCAGUAUACAGUGUUGGGGGACGGGUGCUGCGCCAAACCAAUUGAAGCCUCUACGCAUUACUCUAUUUCUUCCUUUCCUUUGCUCUCUCUCUCUCUCUCUCUCUAACAUUGAUUCUAGGAUCCUAAUCUCUAAUCUCUAAAUCUUUCAAUCUUAAUCUUUUCUAACUGAUGCAAAUACUUCCUGUUGAAUUUUUAUCCAACCACUAUCUGGUCCUCUCCUUCCUCCUGAUUUAGAGGGACCAAUGGGGAAAAGAGUUAAGAAAAAGAGCCGUUCACAGCAGAAGGAUAAGCAUGUUACAGCCCAUUCUCCUAAAAUUGCACCUCAACAAAUCAAUCCUAGUGUUGAUACCAUUGAUGAUGGAAUUACAAUAUUGAAAGUGAGAAAACCAUGUGCCCACCUUGAAAAGGGUUUUAAUCUAAACAAAUUUUCUGAGAAACUAGGGUCUUCAGAUCCUUUACGGUGCGAGGAUUGUCGUGAGGGUGUGGCUGAUAAGAGAGGGGCAAAGGGAAAAGGCAAACAUGGCAAGAAGAAAGCAUCAACCGAUUCAAAAUGUGAGUCGAGAGCCAUUUGGGUUUGUUUAGAGUGUGGGCAUUGUGCCUGUGGAGGGGUUGGUUUGCCAACAAUUCCCCAAACUCAUGCAGUUCGGCAUGCUAGACAAACCCGUCACCCAUUGGUGAUCCAAUGGGAAAACCCUCAUCUCCGUUGGUGCUUCCCAUGUAAUACUCUAAUUCCUGUUGAGACAAUAGAAGAAAAUGGUGAAAAAAAAGAUGCAUUAUUUGAUGUUGUAAAAUUAAUCAAGACACAAUCAUGUGAACAGUCUUCAGUGGAUGUUGAAGAUGUUUGGUUUGGAGGUGGCAGUGUGGCAAGUGAAAUCAAAGCAGAAAGCAUUACAUCAAGCAGCUUAGAGGGAAGAGGCAGUUACAUGGUAAGAGGCCUGGUUAAUCUUGGGAACACUUGCUUCUUUAAUUCAGUGAUGCAGAAUCUAUUAGGUAUGAAUAAGUUGCGAGAUUUCUUCUUCAAUCAAGAUGCAUCUUUUGGGCCACUCACUAUUGCUUUGAAAACGCUCUAUGAUGAAACAAAACCAGAGACCGGUUUAAAGAAUGUGAUCCAUCCAAGAUCCCUUUUUGGGUGUAUCUGUUCAAAAGCUCCUCAGUUUAGGGGAUACCAGCAGCAAGACAGUCAUGAAUUGUUGCAUUGUUUACUUAAUGGGUUGUCCGCCGAAGAGUUGGCUGCGAAAAAGCGAAUAAAUACUUCAAAUGGAAUUUCCUUGAAACAUGACCCUACCUUUGUGGAUUCUCUAUUUGGGGGUCGAAUUUCUAAUACUGUAUCUUGUAUUGAAUGCGGGCACUCCUCAACUGUGUAUGAGCCGUUUUUAGAUCUUUCUCUAUCAGUUCCAACCAAGAAACCUCCAUCUAAAAAGAUACAACCAGUUUCUAGACCAAAGAAAACAAAGCUGCCACCAAAGAGAGGGGGGAGGAUUCGAGGAAAAGCUAACAAAGACACAGAUUCAGUGUCAGCACAAAGUAUUUCAAACCCCUCAGCUAGCAACGAGUACUCUAACCAAGCACAUGCAACUGUACCUCAUGCAGAAAAUGGGGUGACUUCUUCAGGUGAUGCUGCGGGUUCAGAGUCUGUAUGCUUAAUUCCUGCACCUGGUAAAAGUGGGUUAGCCUCACAGAGUUUCUCAGGUGCCCCAAAUACUGAAAAUGAGCAAGUUGUUGAGCUGACAGCAGCUUCAUUUGAGGACUUCACCUGGAUGGAUUAUCUUGAAUCUGAAACUAUACCAGAUGAGUGUGAUUUGACUUCGCAAAAUAAUGAUGUUUCAACUAGUCAGUAUUCGGGAAAUAUGAUUCCAAAUGAUGACUUAAUGGAGAAUAGUCAGGUAUGUUCUGUUGCUGGGGAACCACAUCUAAAACCAGAUACUUCUGUGAAUCCUUGGGAAGAUGAGGUCCCAUUAGAGGUUAGAAGCUCAGAAGUUCUGCUGCUUCCAUGCAAAGAGGAGAAUUUUACUGAUGGGGAGAUAAUUAAGGUAGAAGGUCAGGCUUCCUCCAGUGUUGUGGGCUGGAGACAAGAUGAAGUGGACUUUGAUGGCUUUGGCGAUUUAUUCAAUGAGCCUGAGGUUUCUCAAGGACCAGUUGCAGGUCCCUCGUUAGACAAUGAAUCUGCAGGACCUGGCUUUACAGCAGCAAACAGCAGUGAGUCUGAUCUGGAUGAAGUUGAUAAUAGCGAUUCUCCAGUGUCUGUUGAGAGUUGUUUGGCUCAUUUUAUAAAGCCAGAGCUUCUUUCUGAUGAUAAUGCUUGGGAAUGUGAGAACUGUUCAAAAACCCUGCAAAGGUUGGAAGCCAAGAAAAAACAAGGUAAAACUGUAUUACAAACUAAGAUAAAUGGAGGUGAGACUCGAUUCCAAAGUCAUCCACCAAAUGUAGACAAUGGGGUCUUAUGUAGUACAGAAGUCAGAAACCUUCAUAAUGGAGAUAUUAAUACCAAUGCUUUUCUUAACUCCACGGGUAAUGGCUUGGUUUCAGAUAAUGGAAAAUUUGAUUUCUCUAAUCAAAAUUGCAUAGAAACUGAAGUUAGUCAAAUGAAUGGCCUAAAACCAAUUGUUUCUCAAAGUGAAGAAGUGAAGGGUGAGAUGACUGUUGCUCUUGCGGGGCAAUCUCAUUCUUCUGCUUACUAUGAAUCAUGUAGUCAAGAAAGUUUCAGUUGUCCAGCUAUUGAUUCUUCUAGUGUUGAUGAGCCAAGUAGCUCUGGAUAUGCAACUGCUAAAGAUCCGCUGGGUGAUCCCCAGAUCUCUGGAAAUUAUGGAGCUGAUGAAGAUGAAAAUGGGGAAGGAACUUACAGAAAAGUGAAAGUGAAGAGGGAUGCGACUAAGAGAGCCCUCAUUGAUAAAGCCCCACCUAUUUUGACCAUUCAUCUAAAGAGGUUCAGCCAUGAUUCUCGCGGUCGUUUAAGUAAAUUAAAUGGCCAUGUCAAUUUUGGAGAUGUACUUGAUCUAAGGCCUUAUAUGGAUCCCAGGUGUGCAGACGGAGAGAAAUAUGUAUAUCGACUGCUUGGGGUAGUGGAGCAUUUGGGAACAAUGAGAGGAGGUCACUAUGUCGCUUAUGUGAGAGGAGGUGAGAAAAGCAAAGGCAAGGCAGUAAAUGAAAAUGAGGGCUCUAUGUGGCAUCAUGCCAGUGAUGUCUUUGUGCGUGAGGUUUCCUUGGAAGAAGUUCUUCACUGCGAGGCCUACAUCUUAUUCUAUGAGAAAAUCUGAUAUUCUCAAUUUCUUACAUUGCUUCGUUUUCCCAAUACAUUUGAUUCUUCUUUGAGACAGUGUGGGGUCGACUAGCAACCCCCAGUUGGGGGGUGGGUGGGGGGAGGGGGGAGGGAGAGAGAGAGAGAGAGAGAGAGGUGUUAAAUAGAGAAGAGGUGACUGUACAACAAUCAUCUUAUGUUUCAUACCCAUUUUUUGACAUGUAAUGAUAUCUGAUAUGUACAUUUGUGAAAUUACAUCACGAGAAAAUUUAUAUUUUCCCCCUU